AUGAAUUGCGACAAAGUUUUAGAUGCAACAAUGUUUAUGGAAUUAAAAAAUGAGACUGAAGACCUUUUUAUGUUAGAAGAAAUUGGAAAUAAUAAAAUUUCUGUUGAGAGUGUAUUGAGUGAUUCGCUAAUACAACCUUUAGAUAGGGAUAGCGUUGAUUCUAAAUUGGUUGAAAACAUUUAA